AGGCCGUUUGUUGUCACUGGCGGCUCCCAAGAUGGCGUCCAUCAUGGAAGGGCCGCUGAGCAAAUGGACUAACGUGAUGAAGGGCUGGCAGUACCGUUGGUUCGUGCUGGACUACAAUGCGGGGCUGCUCUCCUACUACACGUCCAAGGACAAAAUGAUGAGAGGCUCUCGCAGAGGAUGUGUUAGACUCAGAGGAGCUGUGAUUGGUAUAGACGAUGAGGACGACAGCACCUUCACAAUAACUGUUGAUCAGAAAACCUUCCAUUUCCAGGCUCGUGAUGCUGAUGAGCGAGAGAAGUGGAUCCAUGCCUUAGAAGAAACAAUUCUUCGACAUACUCUUCAGCUUCAAGGUUUGGAUUCAGGAUUUGUUCCUAGUGUCCAAGACUUUGAUAAGAAACUUACAGAGGCUGAUGCUUACCUACAAAUCUUGAUAGAACAAUUAAAGCUUUUUGAUGACAAACUUCAAAACUGCAAAGAUGAUGAACAGAGAAAGAAAAUUGAAACUCUCAAAGAGACAACAAAUAACAUGGUAGAAUCAAUUAAACACUGCAUUGUGUUGCUCCAGAUUGCUAAAGACCAGUGUAAUGCGGAGAAGCACGCAGAUGGAAUUAUAAGUACUAUUAAUCCUGUAGAUGCAAUAUAUCAACCUAGUCCCUUGGAACCUGUGAUCAACACAAUGCCUUCCCAGACUGCCUUACCUCCAGAACCUGCUCAGUUGUGUAAGUCAGAGCAGCGUCCAUCUUCUCUACCAGUUGGACCUGUAUUAGCUACCUUGGGACAUCAUCAGACUCCAACACCAAAUAGUACAGAAUUUUUUUUUUUUAGUUCCUCUGGAUCUGCCUCAGUCUUGACACAUAGCAGCUCAGGAAAUAGUCUAAAGCGCCCAGAUACCACAGAAUCACUUAAUUCUUCUAUGUCCAAUGGAACAAGUGAUGCUGAGCUGUUCGAUUCACAUGACGAUAGAGAUGAUGAAGGGGAGGCAGGGUCAGUGGAGGAGCACAAGAGCGUUAUCAUGCAUCUCUUGUCACAGGUUAGGCUUGGAAUGGAUCUCACUAAGGUAGUUCUUCCAACGUUUAUUCUGGAAAGAAGAUCUCUUUUAGAAAUGUAUGCAGACUUUUUUGCACAUCCGGACCUGUUUGUGAGCAUUAGUGACCAGAAAGAUGCCAGAGACCGAAUGGUUCAAGUUGUGAAAUGGUACCUCUCAGCCUUUCACGCAGGAAGGAAAGGAUCAGUUGCCAAAAAGCCGUACAACCCCAUUUUGGGCGAGAUCUUUCAGUGUCACUGGACACUACCAAAUGAUACUGAGGAGAAUGCGGAGCUAGUUGCAGAAGGACCAGUUCCCUGGGUUUCCAAAAACAGUGUAACAUUCGUGGCUGAACAGGUCUCCCAUCAUCCGCCUAUUUCAGCCUUUUAUGCUGAGUGUUUUAACAAGAAGAUACAAUUCAAUGCUCAUAUCUGGACCAAAUCAAAAUUCCUUGGGAUGUCGAUUGGGGUGCACAACAUAGGGCAGGGCUGCGUCUCGUGUCUAGACCAUGACGAACAUUACAUUCUCACAUUCCCCAAUGGUUAUGGAAGGUCUAUCCUCACAGUGCCCUGGGUGGAACUAGGCGGAGAAUGCAAUAUUAAUUGUUCCAAAACUGGCUACAGUGCGAAUAUCGUCUUUCACACUAAACCCUUCUAUGGGGGCAAGAAGCACAGGGUUACUGCUGAGAUUUUUUCUCCCAAUGACAAGAAGUCUUUUUGCUCAGUCGAAGGGGAAUGGAAUGGUGUAAUGUAUGCAAAAUAUGCAACUGGGGAAAAUGCAGUUUUUAUAGAUACCAAGAAGUUGCCUAUAAUCAAGAAGAAAGUGAGGAAGUUGGAAGAUCAGAAUGAGUAUGAAUCCCGCUGCCUUUGGAAGGAUGUCACUUUCAACUUAAAAAUCAGAGACAUUGAUGCAGCAACUGAAGCCAAGCAUAGACUUGAAGAAAGACAAAGAGCGGAAGCCCGAGAAAGGAAGGAGAAAGAAAUUCAAUGGGAGACAAGGUUAUUUCAUGAAGAUGGAGAAUGUUGGGUUUAUGAUGAACCGUUACUGAAACGCCUUGGUGCUGCCAAGCAUUAGGUUGGGAAAUGCAAAGUUUACACCUGAUGACCAGGGCAGUAGGCAUAAUCAAGCAACAAUCUUCCUUUGGGAGAACCGAUUCACUCCCUUCUUAUUACAGUGGUUCCUAUCUCAGGGAUACUGGACUUUCCGAUGCAGAUGAACAAUUAAAACGAGAAAAAGCUUCCCUUUUUCCUCUUUUGUGGCAGUUGUAAUUUUGACUUCAGUCCUGAGAAAAACUUCAGGUUUUGAAAACAAGAUGUCUGCUCCUUUUCCAAACCCCAUGCUUUGAAAAGCAUUUGUAAAUCCCAGUCUCAGACUCUGCACUCUAGUACUGCUGUUGAGAUAUACAACAUCUUAUAAUCUUGGGUUAUAUAUAUAUAUAUAUAUAUAUUACAUACACAUAUAUAAUAUACCUGAAGCCAGAUUUUUCAUAAAUACUCCAUAUACUGUAAAUAUUGGUUCCUCUGAGUUGUUUUAGAAAAUUAGCCCAAUGUAUUAAAAUCAAGUCUUAGGAAAUUUCAUGGCUUCACCUACAAUAACUUUUAUUUUGGAAUUGAACUAUUAUUAAAUUGUAUCUAACUCUGGACUACAGUUUAAUUAUACUCAGUGCUUCUUAAGGCUUCAUAAAGUAAUUUUUCCAACUUUU